AUGGGGCGCCCCAAGGUUAGUCCCGAAAACCGCCUGCGGGCCAAUACAGCAUGCACCAAAUGCAGAGCCUCCAAGAAACGAUGCAGCGGCUCAUUCCCAUGUACCAACUGCAUUCGCAAAGGACACGCGCGCUCCUGCAUUCCAUUCAAAUCUAUUUCCCAGACUAGUCCUAGCAGCCACCGGGACCCGACUCCUCGAUCUCAAUCAAGAUUAGAUACGGUCCCGACAUGGAGCGCUUCCAAUGAGCUAUUGAAUACUCCCUUGAGCCCUCCGGUUCGUGCUGGAAGUCCGACCGAUCGUCUGCUGCAGCGGCAGCAGCGCCCGGCGGCAGGUUCACGCUCGCCUGAGGCAACGCACCGUACCCAUCCGCGGAUGUUGCGUAAUUUACAGGGAGACAGAGUAUAUGUUGGCAAAGCCGCGUCACUGUCGUUUCUGCAACUUCUUCGAGAGACAGUGUAUCAGCAUAUUGGGCCAUCGCAAUUCUCCCAUAAUUGGAGCGAGGAUAUGCUAGAAAAUGAAGCCCACCAUGACCCACUGAGCUUUUCCGAAGAUAGCUGCGGCGUGGAUGAUAAGCGCCGCUUCAUUUCGAAUUUCUACGCAGUGACAAGCGGCUUCCUCUAUCUGGGAUGCGACAUCGAAACACUAUUGACAAACCCCGCAGAGCCGAAAACUGAUCGAGAAAAGAUUCGUGCUGCCAUUGGAGAUCUGAUGAUUGCCAUCGGUGCUCAGUCAUGUUUGAACGAGCCCAACACGGUUCAGAUUGAGCGUUAUUUCAUUACUCGGGGGCAACGCAGGACUUUCGCCAACUUCCUAGAAGAUCCAAGUAUGGAUCUAGUACGGGCGUUUUUGCUCAUGUCAUUUUAUAUGUUCGGGGCUUGUCGCCGGAAUGCCGCCUUCAUGUAUUUGGGUGUUGCAGCUCGGUCUGCCGUUGCUCUGGGGCUACACGAGGAUUCUUCGGGAUUGGGUCAUCAGGAACAACAAGAAAGAUCAAGGUUAUGGAUGAGUCUCUGUGUGCUUGACCUCCUGGCAAGCUCCAUUCUAGGUCGACCAGCAGCUACAUCUGCACUCCUACCAGACUGUGGAGAUCGUAGCCGACAAACAGACACAGCGGGGGAAGCUGGCUUAUUUGCUUCAUAUCGACUAUCCUUGAUCCUAAAUGAAAUUAUCGGCCGUUUGUACGGCGACCAGGGCGCCUCUAUUGAAAAAGCCGAAAUACUGCUUGCCAAACUGAAUCGUUGGAGUCAACACCUGCCGGACUCCUUGCGUACCCUAGCUGACAACGAACAUCCUGACGAUGCACAGAAACGUGUUCUUGGAAACAUGCAUGUGGCUUGCUUAUACCACUUCGCGGUCAUUCUUCUGACCCGUCCCUUUCUUAUUUCCACGUUAAGUGUGCGCUUAGCACGGUUGCACCAGAACCUUUCCACAACUGGGCCGACCGACUUCCCCGACGAAGAUCCGGUGCACUCUCGACUAGCGGCAGCUUGCAUUGAUUCCGCUGUCUAUAUGCUUCAAACAUGUCUCGAAGUUCACCAGUCUGAGCUUCUCCUACGUAAUAUGUGUAUUCUUAAAGCAUUCGUCUUCGCAGCCGCCCUAGUUUUGGGAUUCUCGAUGUUUGCGCACCGAGAUGUGGACUCCGAAAUCGACAGUGCCUUCUCAGGGGCCUUGACCAUUCUCCGCAUGUUGGCGCAGCAAUCUGCUCAAGCGGCCCACUACCUGGAAAUCUUGACAUUGCUCGAAGCCGCAAUCACUGAGCAGCGACAACGCCUGGCAUCUCAAGCUCGCCAGCGUCGAAGCAAGUAUGUAAGUCGGAUCUUCAGCCUGACUGAUAGCCCAAAUGUGCCCCGUGCACAGAGUCAGAAUGAGAACCGACCCGACAGCGCAACCCCACAAUCAACACAAGGCGGCCCGCUAUUUCCCUGGAUUCCACAAGGCGACGGCCCGACUGCAACUACACCUCCAGUAUUCGACGGCGCAUUUUUAGAGUGGGAGGGUAUGGAGUUACCACUCUGGGAUAGCUUUCCUUUCACCGAACCAGGCUCAUGUGCUCUAUAA